AUGACUAAAGAGGCCCAUCGAGCCAUUCCCGUGCUCUCGACGCCGACAAUGUCCGUCAAACAGAACCACGAUCGGUCGGAGACGACAACAAUCGCACAGGAAAUCCCGCCACCCACUUAUACUAGUGAAUUUAGUGAACUUGGUUUCCCGUCGACUAAAUCAUUGAAAACUUUACCGGAAUCAGGACGAGGCAGCAGUCAAACCGAGCUCAUUCCCGGAUCAUCUCAAAAUCAUUUCAUGAGCUCAGUUUAUUGGCUGGUGAACAAUCAUCGGAAAUUCGCGAUUCGACAGAUUCUUCUCGUUUUGGCGUUCACUGUUGUUGCACUCUUGGGCGGAGUCGUUUUUUAUUAUUCGGAGAAAGGAUACGAAAAGAGAAUGCUACGUGGACAAGUGACUUCAUUAAACGCUCUUUUGGCCGAUAUCACAACUCAAUUUGAAAAUGUUUGGAAUGAAGGCAAUUCGACGGAUAUCCAGCAAUUUUUAAGGAAUUCGUACAAAGAAAUGCUGCAAAACGAGAAUCGUUACCAGUUGUCGGCUUUGUGGAAAUACGAUGACGGGAAUUACGCCUGGCAAUAUUGGCCAUCCGUUUUCUAUCAAACGAAUAUCUUCAUGGGUGUCGAUUAUGGCAAUGUUCCCAAUCAAAACGGUGUUGGUCGGCUUGUAUUGGUGAUCACCACCUGUAUCACUUUGUCUCUUGCUCAAGUUGUUGCUCGAGAUCUUGGUCAUUGGUAUCUCUUCCUAUUCACAAAGCUUUAUGCUUGGAUAAACACUGGAUUCAGGAAAGCUUUCGAAUUAAAGCCAUUAGAAGAGGUCGAGUUGCCGCUACUUUUCUGUUUCGGAUUAUUAUUGGGCAGUUGGUGUUUGGUUUCGGCAUUUAUUUGCGGCUAUGAUGCGGCUUUUGGAGAAGAUGGGAUCAAUUAUUGGUUAUCUUUCUAUUUAGCCUAUGAAACGGUGACAACAAUUGGAGUUGGUGAUGUGAUGCCAAAAUAUACUUAUAAAGCGCCACUCUGGAAAUUCUUCUGUUUCUUCUUUGGGACACCAUUUCGAGCAGUGAAUCACUCAACUUUCGUCGUCGUUGAGCGCUCAAUUUUCUAUCCAUUAACAAGAUUUGGAGAUAGAAUCGCUGAUUUUUUGAGGAAUCGAGUGGCUCCUGAAGAUAAGAAUAUCGCUCAAAUGACGUUUCCCAAAGAUGAAAUGGACCAAGGAAUGCGCAAUUUCAUCACCGAUCGCCGUGAUUUGUACGGUGGACAAUAUGGGAGAGUGAGAAUAAAUGCAAAUGAGCUUGAUGACACGAACGAUCAAAAGGAUCAAAAGGAUAUCGCUGUGGUUGCGCAAAUC